AUGGCCCGUAGCCCCUUUAAAGAGGCGCGGCAGAGAGAAUUUGACAAAGUGGUUGCCCAUGGGCCUGGGAUGGGUGGGGAAGCUACACUAGGGCUCGGGGCUGCAGAGGGCAUCUGGGAAGAGGCUCUGCUGAAGGUGGCCGUCCCCUUUUCUGGGACUAUCCAAGGGGGUCUCCAGGACGGACUUCAGAUCACUGUCAAUGGGGCCGUUCUCAGCUCCAGUGGAACCAGGUUUGCUGUGGACUUUCAGACGGGCUUCAGUGGAAACGACAUUGCCUUCCACUUCAACCCUCGGUUUGAAGACGGAGGGUAUGUGGUGUGCAACACGAGGCAGAAAGGAAGAUGGGGGCCCGAGGAGAGGAAGAUGCACAUGCCCUUCCAGAACGGGAUGCCCUUUGACCUCUGCUUCCUGGUGCAGAGCUCAGAUUUCAAGAUGAUGGUGAACGGGAGCCUCUUCGUGCAGUACUUCCACCACGUGCCCUUCCACCGUGUGGACACCAUCUCUGUCAAUGGCUCUGUGCAGCUGUCCUACAUCAGCUUCCAGAAUCCCCGCGCAGUCCCCGUUCAGCCUGCCUUCUCCACGGUGCCGUUCUCCCAGCCUGUCUGUUUCCCACCCAGGCCCAGGGGGCGCAGACAAAAACCUCCCAGCAUGCGGCCUGCCAACCCAGCUCCCAUUACCCAGACAGUCAUCCACACGGUGCAGAGUGCCUCUGGACAGAUGUUCUCUCAGACUCCCGCCAUCCCACCUAUGAUGUACCCCCACCCUGCCUAUCCGAUGCCUUUCAUCACCACCAUUCCGGGAGGGCUGUACCCAUCCAAGUCCAUCAUCCUGUCAGGCACUGUCCUGCCCAGUGCUCAGAGGUUCCACAUCAACCUGUGCUCUGGGAGCCACAUCGCCUUCCACAUGAACCCCCGUUUUGAUGAGAAUGCUGUGGUCCGUAACACCCAGAUCAACAACUCUUGGGGGUCUGAGGAGCGAAGUCUGCCCCGAAAAAUGCCCUUCGUCCGAGGCCAGAGCUUCUCGGUGUGGAUCUUGUGUGAAGCUCACUGCCUCAAGGUGGCCGUGGAUGGUCAGCACGUGUUUGAAUACUACCAUCGCCUGAGGAACCUGCCCACCAUCAACAAACUGGAAGUGGGUGGCGACAUCCAGCUGACCCACGUGCAGACAUAGGCGGCUCCCUGGCCCUGGGGCCGGGGGCUGGGGUGUGGGGCAGUCUGGGUCCUCUCAUCAUCCCCACUUCCCAGGCCCAGCCUU